UGACUCCUAGCAAAAGUACAAAUAUUUAUUGAAAUCGUUGACUUCCUUAUCACUACUUUAAUCGACCAAUUAUUUGUUUGGUUCUUGUAAAAUAUAUCAAGUGGCGGUACUUUGUGAAUAGAAUACAGUUAUUUUAUAGAUAGAUAGAUUAUUCAUUCAAGUGCCAAUAGGCCAAAUAGGAAACGAGACGCUGCUUCAGUUGCUAACAAGUGACUAAAAGUGACGGCGUGGCUCUUUGGCCGAACAUUAAAAAUUAUUGUUUUGAAAUACCUAUAUUGGAUGACCUCACAUACUCGUCAUUGGUAAAUAACGUAGAGGAUGAGAUCGUAUAAUGUGAUAAUAAUUAAAAUCAAAGCACGAUUGAUCUAUACGAUAUUUGAUAAUGUGGCUAAUCAGCCAAGAUAUCGUUAUGACGGGCCACAAGAUAUGAGGAUUAUGUUAGAGCGGGCUGGUGCCGAACCAGUGUUUUACCAUAUCCUCAUUUACUUCGACAGGUUUCCGGUGAUAACACAAACUCGCUAUUUUGUUUAUUUGAAAUAAAAAUAAGUGUCGUAUUUCCAAAAGUGAUACAGUGCCUGUUAAUAGUGAAAAUAUGACUUUUGUGCAUUAAGAAAUAUCUCGAAUGGCGAAACCUAAAACUCCUGGAUUUAGGGCUCUAGAUGAGGAGAGCGAUGAGGAUUCGGAGUUAACUCCAUUAUAUGAUGACAUUGAAGAUUUAGGACAAAGAACAGCUCAGGAGGCAAAAGGAUGGAAUCUAUUCCGAGAGAUUCCUGUGAAGAAGGAGAGUGGGUCUAUGGCAUCCACUGCCUGGAUAGACUUCAGUGUAAAGAUCCUCAAAGUUGGGGCGUACAUUUUUAUAUUUUGCAUAGUGCUCGGUUCUGCGGUUGUGUCUAAGGGCACGCUGCUUUUCAUCACAUCACAACUGAAAAAGGGCAAAGCAAUCAUUCAUUGUAAUAGGCAGUUAGAACUCGACAAGCAGUUUAUAACAGUCCACUCAUUGGAAGAGCGUGUGACGUGGCUAUGGGCUGCCUUCAUAGCAUUCAGCGUUCCAGAAGUUGGCAUUUUCUUAAGAUCAGUAAGAAUAUGCUUCUUCAAAACAGCACCGAAGCCUACGUUUUUGCAGUUUUUGACGGCCUUUAUAGUAGACACUCUUCACACAGUAGGCAUUGCGUUACUGGUCUUGUUCAUCCUGCCUGAACUAGAUGUGGUUAAAGGAACAAUGCUGAUGAAUGCCAUGUGCUUCAUACCUGGAGUACUCAAUGCCGUCACAAGAGACCGCACAGACUCUAGAUAUAUGCUUAAAAUGGUGCUAGAUGUUCUGGCCAUCUCUGCUCAAGCAACUGCCUUCGUUGUCUGGCCUCUGCUAAACGGCAACAGUGUUCUGUGGACCAUUCCUGUAGCAUGCGUCUUCAUUUCACUUGGUUGGUGGGAAAAUUUCGUCGGUGAUAUUGGGAAGCAAUGGCCAGUUCUCGAACCUGUGCAAGAACUUCGAGACAAUCUGAAGAAGACUCGUUACUACACGCAGAGAGUGAUGUCAUUAUGGAAGAUAUUCAUAUUCUUGAGCUGCAUCCUGAUAUCUCUAGCAGUCCAAGAAGAUAGUCCACUCGCUUUCUUCACGGAAUUCAGCACGGGCUUUGGUGAACGUUUCUACAAAGUUCAUGAGGUUCAAGCAAUCCAAGAUGAAUUCGAAGGUUUUCUGGGCUACAACGUCAUGCCGUUACACUUUGAUAAAAUGCCAGUUGAAUGGGCUACUCCACUGUGGGUGGUGCUUAUUCAAGUCGUGGCAUCUUUCGUUUGCUUUAUGGGAAGUUUAACUGCUUGCAAGAUCCUAAUACAGAACUUCAGCUUUACAUUUGCGCUGAGUCUUGUUGGUCCUGUCACCAUCAACCUGCUGAUUCUGCUAUGCGGCAUAAGGAACGCGGAUCCCUGUGCUUUCAGCCAUACUAUACCAGAUAAUCUAUUCUUUGAAAUACCACCUGUUUAUUUCUUAAGGGAGUUUGUAGGGAAAGAGGUAGCGUGGAUUUGGUUACUGUGGCUCGUGUCUCAAGCUUGGGUGACGGCUCACAACUGGAAGUCACGUGCGGAGCGUCUCGCUGCCAGUGACCGACUGUUCAAUAGACCUUGGUACUGCAGCCCAGUCAUCGACCAAUCAAUGCUCUUGAAUCGAACGAAGAAUGAAGAGGCUGAAUUGACGUUAGAGGAAUUAAAAGACACAGUAACUGAGGACGGGUCUGAGCUUAGCGGAUUUGAAGUGAAGAAAGAUGUGAAACCUUCCGAUAGCAUUACAAGGAUAUAUGUCUGCGCAACUAUGUGGCACGAAACGAAGGAAGAAAUGAUGGACUUCUUGAAGUCUAUCCUGCGUUUCGAUGAGGAUCAGAGCGCUCGUCGCGUUGCCCAGAAGUAUUUGGGAAUCGUUGAUCCUGACUACUACGAACUGGAAGUACACAUAUUCAUGGACGAUGCUUUCGAGGUGUCGGACCAUAGCGCGGAUGACUCGAAAGUGAAUCCUUUCGUGACGUGUCUUGUGGAGACUGUCGACGAGGCUGCUUCAGAGGUCCAUCUCACCAAUGUGAGGUUAAGACCUCCGAAGAAAUAUCCCACACCAUACGGCGGCCGACUAGUUUGGACUCUACCAGGAAAGAACAAAAUGAUAUGCCACCUCAAAGACAAGUCCAAAAUACGACAUAGAAAAAGAUGGUCUCAAGUGAUGUACAUGUACUACCUACUGGGACACCGCCUAAUGGACUUGCCGAUCUCAGUAGACCGCAAGGAAGUGAUCGCAGAGAACACCUAUUUACUCGCUUUGGAUGGCGACAUUGAUUUCAAGCCGACUGCAGUUACAUUACUAAUUGAUUUGAUGAAGAAAGAUAAGAAUCUGGGAGCAGCUUGCGGACGUAUCCAUCCUGUGGGCUCAGGCUUCAUGGCGUGGUAUCAAAUGUUCGAAUACGCUAUUGGUCAUUGGCUGCAAAAGGCAACUGAACACAUGAUUGGCUGUGUACUGUGUAGCCCUGGCUGCUUCUCCCUCUUCAGAGGAAAGGCUUUGAUGGACGACAACGUUAUGAAGAAGUACACUCUAACUUCACACGAAGCGCGACAUUAUGUGCAAUACGAUCAAGGCGAGGACCGUUGGCUCUGCACGUUGUUACUGCAGCGUGGCUACCGAGUAGAGUACAGUGCAGCUUCGGAUGCGUACACUCACUGUCCGGAACAUUUUGACGAGUUCUUUAACCAGCGCAGACGCUGGGUUCCCUCCACCCUGGCCAACAUAUUCGACCUGCUCGCCAGUGCCAAGAUGACGGUCAAGGCCAAUGAUAACAUUUCCACUCUCUAUAUAGUUUAUCAGUUCAUGUUGAUAGUGGGUACGGUGCUGGGUCCUGGUACUAUCUUCCUGAUGAUGGUGGGUGCCAUGAACGCCAUUAUUCAGAUCAGUAACUUGUACGCGAUGAUGUUGAACCUGGUUCCUCUUAUCAUCUUCCUUAUAGUCUGCAUGACUUGCCAGUCCAAAACACAGCUCUUCCUGGCUAACCUCAUAACAUGCGCAUACGCAAUGGUGAUGAUGAUCGUGAUAGUGGGAAUAGUGCUGCAGAUAGUCGAGGACGGAUGGCUGGCUCCGUCCAGUAUGUUCACAGCUUUGAUAUUUGGUACAUUCUUUAUAACAGCCGUACUGCACCCCCAAGAAAUAAAAUGUUUACUGUAUCUGGCUGUGUAUUACGUCACCAUUCCCAGUAUGUACAUGCUGUUGAUCAUCUACUCUAUAUGCAACCUCAACAACGUGUCCUGGGGUACCAGGGAAACGGUGCAGAAGAAAACUGCUAAGGAAAUGGAAAUGGAGAAGAAAGAGGCAGAGGAAGCAAAGAAGAAGAUGGAGAACCAGAGCUUGAGGAAGUUGUUUGGUAAGGGAGAGGAGACGAGUGGGUCGCUGGAGUUCAGUGUCGCCGGGCUGUUCCGAUGCAUGUGCUGCACCAACCCGGAGGACCACAAGGACGAUCUGCACAUGAUGCAGAUCUCACACGCCUUGGAGAAGAUUAAUAAGAGAUUAGAUGCACUCGAUGUCCCUCCCGAGCAAACGCUAACACAAACGCUCCCACACACAAACAUCGACACGGUUAGUGUACGAGAAUAUGAGGACAGCGAGAUUUCCACAGAAAUUCCUAGGGAGGAACGAGAUGACCUGAUAAACCCUUACUGGAUAGAGGACGUGGAACUCCAGAAGGGUGAAGUGGACUUCCUUACGACGGCAGAGACUAACUUCUGGAAGGAUGUUAUCGACGAGUACUUAUUGCCUAUUGAGGAGGACAAGCGCGAAUUGGAACGAAUCAAAACCGAUCUGAAGAACUUGCGAGAUAAGAUGGUGUUUGCGUUCGUGAUGCUGAACUCCCUGUUCGUGCUGGUCAUCUUCCUGCUGCAGCUCAGCCAGGACCAGCUGCACUUCAAGUGGCCCUUCGGACAGAAAUCCAGCAUGGAGUACGAUAACGAUUCGAAUAUGUUCACCAUAACCCAAGAUUACUUGACGCUGGAGCCUAUAGGUUUCGUGUUCCUCAUCUUCUUCGGUUCCAUCAUCUUGAUCCAGUUCACCGCCAUGUUGUUCCAUCGACUGGACACGCUGGCCCACUUGCUGUCCACCACUAAAUUGGAUUGGUACUUCAAUAAGAAGCCGGAUGACUUAUCGGAUGACGCGCUAAUAGACUCUCUGGCGUUGACAAUAGCGAAGGAUCUUCAACGACUGAACACCGACGACCUGGACAAGCGUGAUAACAACGACCACGUUACCAGGAGGAAGACCAUUCAUAACUUGGAGAAAGGGAAGGAGAGCAAACCGGCUAUUAUCAACCUUGAUGCCAACUUUAAGAGGAGAUUGACUAUAUUGCAGAAUGGAGAUUCAGAAUUGAUCUCUCGCCUGCCAUCUUUGGGAGGUAACUGGGCAACUCGACGCGCCACGGUGCGUGCGCUGACCACGCGACGAGAAUCCGUCAUGGCGGAGCGACGCAAGUCGCAGAUGCAGAGCCGUCCCUCUGAGGGAACCUUCAUGUAUAACCCUCCCGGCAUGAUUCAACUAGACGAUAUGGGUGGUCGACCAUCGACGGCGGGAGUGUACGUGAACCGAGGAUACGAGCCAGCACUAGACAGUGAUAUAGAGGACACUCCGGUACCUCCGCGACGCUCUACCGUACGCUUCCAAGACCACUUCGCAUAACCACAAAAUCUUACUGACAUCUUUUCAAAAGAUUUUCGACUCUAUUAAG